AACUGAUCUCAUUUCUUCCCAAAAUCAUGCAACAAAACACCAUGAAUCCCUUCCUUUUUGAUGCCAGCACCAUCAAUUACGUUCAAUCUUCAUUGUCUAAUUUAAUCUUAGCAGUCGGAAAUACAAAUACCUUCGAUUCGAUCUUCUCUCGCUGCUUAUCAUCGUCGUCAUCAUCAUCAUCAUCUUCAUCGCAAUCGCCAUCCUCUGUUUCUCCAGAUCAAUCAGGUUCUUCAGUUUAUCUCAAACAAAGAGAUCUUCUCCUCAAAUUCUCCGAGAAUUUCGAUACAGUACGACAAAUCACGAGAGAACCAGUUGGAUUUUCGAAGAAUUUGUAUAGAGGAGUGCGGCAGCGACAGCGGGGGAAAUGGGUGGCGGAGAUCCGACUGCCGGAGAAUAGGAUGAGGGUUUGGUUGGGGACUUACGAGACGGCGGAGAUGGCGGCAUAUGCUUACGAUCGAGCUGCGUAUAAGCUUCGUGGAGAAUACGCUCGAUUGAAUUUCCCAAACCUAAAGGAUCCGACCCGAUUGGAUGGGAUCGGGAAUGGUGAGAGGAUAGAUGCUUUGAAGACCGCCGUGGAUAAGAAGAUUCAGGCGAUUCGUUUGAAGGUGAGAAGGGAGAAAGCUAAGAAGAGGGAGGAGAGAAAGAGGGAUAAGGAGGUGGGUGAUUCGCCGGCGGCGGCGUUAUACGGUGGUGAUCUUCCACCAGCGGCGGCGGUGGUGGCGGAGGCGGAGCUUGAUAGUUGGUCACUGGCACGGAUGCCGUCGUAUGACCUGGAUUUGAUCUGGGAAGUGCUUGCUAAUUAGGAACAUUGAGGCUUUAAAAUGUCAAAUGUUGUGGUUAAUAUUG